AUGUCUUUUGAACCACCCUACGCCCACGCAGACGGAGCCUUUUCCUCCCUAAUAUCAAACUGCAGUGUCGACCCGGCAUGGGAAGCCUUGGUGGAAUGUUCGCUUCCCAAUCGCACAGGCCUAUUAGGCCAUGACGAAUCUUCGACCUCCUUUAAUGAGGAUUAUGCUUCCUCAUCCUCGUCAUUUGCUGACGACGAUGCUUUACUUUCGGAAUUCGUUCAUUGGCCACAAUCACGAUCGCCUUCUCCUUCCUCCAAUGACCCACCCACUGAACACGAAAAUAAAGAUGUUCCUACCGACAACCACACCAUCCAGAAUGUUGACAUCACUAAGCUGAAGGAGCUGUGCGAUGCUCCUGCCCAAUUUGGUAGCUUACCAGCAAACCCAAUUCCUAUUGACGACGAUGACGGUGUUAUACCCGCUCUGAACCCUCCUAGUACGACUGGAGAAGCUCGAAUGGUGACAGAGGAGACUCGCAACCAAUCAACAACUGAUAACGAGAAGAAAAAGGACGGGCAGUCAUCAAUUUGUAGCCCUAGGAUGAAUGGGCGUAAGAAUAAAGGCAAGCGAAAAGUGGCGGACAUGACCCCGUGGGGUGACCCUGAAUUCGAGAGAGGGGUGGAGAAUCGACUCACGAUGGUUUGGGAAAAGCUCGAGCCUAUCUGGGAGGGUAUCCAAGACAUAAUGUGCAAAGUGGCGGAGAAAACCAGCGAGCCGACGUUCAACAGCAGUUGUAAAAGACUGAGCUACGCCGUUCAAAAUGCCUAUGACAACCUUGACAUCGACACAGCUUCCGAACUCUUGGAAUCCUGGAAACAGGCUGAAGUCUUUCUCCGGCUACUGGUCCUCUAUGUCGACGAGCUUGACGAGAAUCAUGUAACACAGUUCAACGAUUGCGUGCGCGAGUUACAAUACCAAGCAGAGAUAUGCGAUGCUCUUCGAACGCCCCCUUACAUUGGCAGAAGGAAGAACGGGAAGAAAAGACGGGUGAAUAGUAAGCAUUGA